GUUACUUUUCUGCCACCGGGCACGUGGCCGCGUUUGCGGAGUUUUGUUUAAACGGCGAAGCUGAGGCAGCUGUUGCACAUGAAGAUGCUCAGAAAGACCACAAUACGUCCCCACCUCCGCGGCCUGAAGAUACUACCGCGACCAAUCGGGCCGCACUUUUGCAGCGCGCCUGGGCACGGCACCAGAGCCUCAGAGACAACUUUCGCCCUCCCACAACAGCGGGCGUUCUUUCCGGCACAAACUCCAGUACUCGAAAACAGUUAGAGAAAGCU